CAGCACAACAUGGGCAUGGACGAGCCGCAGAUCAUAGCCAUCAGCAUAGCGCCCAAGCAGCAAGUGGGCCACCUGAAACCCGAGUCCACAUGGGUCCACUGUCCCGCCUGCGAGCGGUCCGAGUGGAGUGUCGUCCAGCUGGAGGCCGUCACCUGUUUUCAGCGCUUCCUCGGCUUCGCCAACCUCUGCAAGAAGUGGCCUGGCCGAACGGACAUCAAUCACUACUGCUCCCAGUGUGGCUGCUUCAUCGGACGGUUUGUCGCCAUCAGCUGCAUGGAGCGCUGCAUCUCCAAGUCGGCUAAACGCAAGGCGGCCGUGGACGACAUGACGCUGAAGACCCGCCCCAAGGACUGUGCCGAACGGGCCCAGAAGUCCCGUGAGAAGGUCCUGGCCAAGCGGGCUGAGAAUUCGCGGGAAAGGAUCUUGGCCGAUCGAGUAAAGAAACAGGCCGAAAAGGAUGCCGAUGAAACACAUGCCCGACUACAAAGCCGCGGACAAACUCAAAUCCAAACACAAACCGUUGUGGUCACCGUUCCAGCGAGCCAAUGAGGAAAAUGGUUUCUGAAUCGACUAGGUUAAAGCUGUAAAAGCUUACAAGAAAGCUUGCCAAAUAUAUAAUAGUACGAACAAUUUGAAACAUAUAUAAA